CCCUUUUUCUGUCUCCAGGGUAGUUAUCCAGUCGCAGGAGAAAGAAAACUCUGAUCCAGAUUAUAUUCCCAUCAACAGCCGCUUUAAGUGCGUACAAGAGGCAGAAGAAACUCUACUGAUUGAUAUAGCUACAAACACAGGCUGUAAGGUCCGGAUACAAGGUGACGAGACAGCGGAGCGGCUCUUUGAAAUCCCUGAUGAGGAGCGUUGCUUAGGAUUCCUUUCAGAAGUGCAGAGCAUACAGGAAGCCCAGCUGAAAGCUUCUCUUCCUGAACCCAAGGACUCGGCCAGCUGGCAUCAGGUGGAGAAGAACCUCCCAGGUCUAUCGCAGGCCUCUUCUUCGGGCGCUCUGGGGUUUGAGGAUGACUUCAGCACUCUAAGCCUAGAAGAGAAAAGAAACGUGCAAAACCACCAAACGGGAUCUCGCCGGGAACCUCCACCUCCUCCUGUGCCUCAAAACAGGCAAUUUCACCGAGAGAGAGAAGGUAUAUCAAAAGACCAGCCAAAAGUGACCAACACUAUGCGCAAAAUGUUUUUGCCCAGCACUCAGUCGGGACAAAGAGAAGGCCUCAUCAAACAUGUGCUUGCCAAGAGAGAGAAGGCAUAUGUCAACCUUCACAACUUCAGAUUUUUUGUGGGAACGUGGAAUGUGAAUGGGCAGUCUCCAGACAGCAGCUUGGAACCCUGGCUGGUGUGCGAUACAGAGCCUCCAGACUUCUACUGCAUCGGGUUCCAGGAGCUGGACCUCAGCACAGAGGCUUUUUUCUACUUUGAUUCUGCAAAGGAGCAAGAAUGGCUGGCUGCUGUGGAGAAGUCCCUGCACCCUCAGGCGAAGUAUAAGAAAGUGCAAAUGGUCCGUCUGGUUGGGAUGAUGUUGCUCAUAUUCGCUAAGAAGAAUCAGCUGAGCAAUAUCAGAGAGAUCAUGACGGAGUCUGUGGGCACGGGAAUCAUGGGAAAGAUGGGCAACAAAGGCGGUGUGGCGGUGAGGUUCGUGUUCCACAACACGACCUUCUGCAUUGUCAAUUCCCACCUCGCUGCUCACGUGGAGGACUUCGAGCGACGAAAUCAGGAUUAUAAGGAUAUCUGUGCUCGGAUGAGUUUUGUAACCCCUGAUGAUAGUCUACCUCAGCUCAACAUCACGAAACACGAUGUUGUCAUCUGGCUAGGAGACUUGAACUACAGGCUUUGUCUCCCUGAUGCCAGUGAAGUGAAAAGUCUUAUCAGUAAGAAUGAGCUUCAGAAACUGCUGACAUAUGACCAGCUGAAUAUUCAGCGGACUCAAAAGAAAGCAUUUGCAGAUUUCACUGAGGGAGAGAUUAAAUUCAUCCCCACGUAUAAAUAUGACUCUAAAACAGAUCGCUGGGACUCCAGUGGAAAAUGUCGUGUGCCAGCAUGGUGUGAUCGAAUCCUUUGGAGAGGAGGGAACAUAAAUCAGCUCCGGUAUUGCAGUCAUAUGGACCUGAAGACUAGUGACCACAAGCCAGUCAGCGCGCUUUUCCGCAUCGGGGUAAAGGUUGUGGAUGAGCAGAAGUAUCGGAAGUUGUUUGAAGACAUUGUUCGUAUAAUGGACAGAAUGGAGAAUGACUUUCUUCCUUCGCUGGAGCUAAGCAGGAGAGAGUUCGAGUUUGAGAAUGUGAAGUUCCGUCAGCUGCAGAAGCAGAAGUUCCAGAUCACCAAUAAUGGACAGGUGACCUGUCACUUCUCCUUCAUCCCAAAGCUCAACGAUAGCCACUACUGUAAGCCAUGGCUCCGGGCUGAGCCUUGUGAAGGUUACUUGGAGCCAGAUGAGAGCACGGACAUCUCCCUGGACGUGUACGUCAGUAAGGACUCAGUAACCCUUCUGAACUCUGGCGAGGAUAAAAUUGAGGAUAUUCUUGUCCUUCACUUGGACCGAGGGAAGGACUAUUUCCUUACCAUCAGUGGGACCUACCUGCCCAGCUGCUUUGGCACUUCCCUGGAGGCCUUAUGCCGAAUGAGACGACCUAUCCGAGAAGUUCCAGUCACCAAACUCAUUGACUUGGGAGAAGACAGCUUCUUAGAAAAG